UCCCACACAAAUGAGCUCGAGAGGGUUUUUUAGGGGAACAGUUCAAGAACAAGAUGGCUGUCCUGGGGCAAGAAAAGUAUCUUUCUUCUUCUUCGUCCACAUAAACACGGCAGUUUUAAUGCGUCUGUCAGCGACAUGUAAAAGGCUAAUUAGGUGGUAAUUUUAAUAGUUUAAUAGGUAACAACUUUAAACGGUUUAAAGGCAUCGCUUUGUAACGGAGGACAUCGUUUUUUGAGACGGAAUUGAGGAUCGGAAAGUUUUGUUAACGGUUAGUUGAGAGCGAAAACUACUAACGGUUGCUAUGAGGAGCAGGAAACCGUUAAUUAAAUGUUUAUAUCGUGACUUUAACAUAUAGUGUAACGUGUUAUGUGUGUAGGUUAUUUAGCUGAGUAACUUUUCUAAUUAGCUUUGUUUUUAGGCGUUUAACGGUUGAGUAUCUCUGAGGUGCUCGACAUGCUUCAACCGUUAUAAACGUUUAUCAGAGGUUUUUGCGUUUCUCUAUAAGGUUUAGCUUUUCUCAGAUGCCCCACACCAGAUUAAUAUAACGGCUAACUGGACCAUGAGUUCAUCCCGAGUCAGACCGCAGCAGCUCCCGCAGAGCCAGCCUGGCCGGCUGCCCCACAGACUCGACUCAAGCGAAGGGAUAGAGAUGGAGAACAUCCAGCAUCAAGACCUGGGUCUCGGAGGAGUCAUAGGCACCCCGUCCCCUCCGUCCAGACAAGCGUGGAGCCGGGACAACCCGGGUUUUGAGCCCGAGGAUGAGAUCAUGGAAGCCGACUGGCCUCCGGCGAGCCCCGGGAGGAGGUCGGUGUCCACGGCCUCCAGCAGCAGCUGCAGCAGCGGCCUGGGCAGCUACACCGGCGCGGGCAGCAGCACCCACAUCGCCCGGGGAGGACUGUACCCGACCCCGACUGUGGAUGCUCGGCAGCAGGACAGGCUUGAUCACCGCAGCUGUAUGAAGCAGAUACUCCACAAGAUCAGAAUUCUGUGGGGCACAGAGCUGAUGGAGGACAGUGACAACAGUCGAGAGAGAUACCUCAGGAACGUACUGAGGGAGAUGAUCACAUAUAUCACAUUCCUCAUCACUAUCUGUAUCUUGACCUACGGGAUGGUGAGUGCCAAUAUGUACUACUACACCAAAGUCAUGUCUCAGCUUUUCCUGGACACACCGCUGUCUGCUGGGGACCCUUCCACUUUUAGGAGCCUCUCAUCCAUGGAGGAUUUCUGGAAGUUCACAGAGGGACCUUUCCUCAAUGGCAUGUACUGGGAGGUGUGGUACAACAACCAGAGCUUGCCUGAGAAUCACAGUCUCAUCUACUAUGAGAACCUCCUCCUCGGGGUGCCACGGCUCCGACAGGUCAAAGUUCGCAAUGAGUCCUGCACCGUCCAUGAAGAUCUGAGAGACGAGGUCCAGGACUGCUACAACAUGUACACCCCGACCAACGAGGACACGGCCUCCUUCGGCCCCAAGAAUGGAACAGCGUGGGUGUACACAACAGAGAGUGAGAUGAAUGGGAGCAGUUAUUGGGGUCAAAUAUCUAAAUAUGGAGGCGGAGGAUAUUACAAAGACCUGUCUCGUACUAAAGAGGAGUCAGCAAACGAACUGCAGUUUCUCAGAGACCAUCUGUGGCUGGACAGAGGCACCAGGGCUGUGUUUCUCGACUUCUCUGUCUACAAUGGGAACAUCAACCUUUUCUGUAUCGCCAGGUUGCUGGUGGAGUUCCCUGCUACAGGUGGUGUGGUGACCUCCUGGCAGUUCCAAACAGUGCGUCUAAUACGAUAUGUGUCCAGCUGGGACUACUUUGUGGGUGUGUGCGAGGUAGCAUUCUGUCUAUUCAUCCUCUACUAUGUGGUGGAGGAGGUGCUGGAGAUCCGCAUCCACCGCCUGCAUUACUUCAAGUGCCUGUGGAACUGUCUGGAUGUUCUCAUUGUUGUGUUGAGUGUUGUUGCCAUAAUCAUGAACAUAACCAGAACAGCCAUGGUGGGCAACCUUCUGAAAGGCCUGUUGGAGAACCACAACGCUCACCCCAGCUUUGAGCCUUUGGCCAACCUGCAGGUCCAGUUCAAUCACGUGGCUGCGGUCAUCGUCUUCUUCUCCUGGGUCAAGCUGUUUAAGUUCAUCAACUUCAAUAAGACCAUGAGUCAGCUGUCCGGCACCAUGUCUCGCUGCGCUAAGGACCUUGUGGGUUUCGCCAUCAUGUUCUUCAUUAUCUUCCUGGCGUAUGCUCAGCUCGCCUACUUGGUGUUCGGAACCCAAGUCAACGAUUUCAGUACCUUCCAGGCCAGCAUUUUUACUCAGUUCCGCAUCAUCCUGGGAGACUUUGAGUUCUCAGAAAUAGAGGAGGCGAAUCCAGUGCUUGGACCCAUCUACUUCACAACCUUUGUCUUCUUCAUUUUCUUCAUCCUCAUGAACAUGUUCCUGGCAAUCAUCAACGACACAUACUCUGAGGUGAAGGCCGACAUGUCUCAGCAGAGGUCUGAGAUGGAAAUGACUGAUCUCAUUAAGAAGGGUUGUAACAAAGCUUUGAUGAAGCUGAGACUGAAGAAGACGGCAGUAGAUGACAUCUCUGACAGUUUGCGUCAGGCCGGGGGCAAACUGAACUUUGAUGAACUCCGCCAGGAUCUUAAAGGAAAGGGCCACACAGACGCAGAAAUUCAAGCCAUCUUUGCCAAAUACGAUCACGACGGUGACCAGGAGCUGACGGAGCACGAACACCAGCAGAUGAGAGAUGACCUGGAGAAAGAGAGAGACUUGGAGCUGGAACGCAAUUCGCUGACCCGACCCAGCAGCGGGCGGAGCUUCCCUCGCACCCAGGAUGACUCAGAGGAAGACGAUGAUGAGGACAGCGGCCACAGCUCUCGUCGUCGCGGCAGCAGCUCAGGCGGUGUCUCCUAUGAAGAGUUUCAAGUUCUGGUGAGACGUGUGGACAGGAUGGAGCACUCGAUCGGCAGCAUAGUGUCCAAGAUAGACGCUGUGAUCGUGAAGCUGGAAACCAUGGAGAGAGCUAAACUCAAAAGGAGAGAUGUGCUGGGCAGACUGCUGGACGGAGUCUUGGAGGAUGAGCGUGUGGGACGGGACACAGACGCCCACAGGGAGCAGAUGGAGAGGCUGGUGAGGGAGGAACUGGAGCGCUGGGAGUCUGACGAUAUGGCCUCACAGGUCAGCCACCCACAGCCGGCCACUCCUAUUGGCCCAAGGCCUCGCCCAUCCUCCUCUUUGUCCACCGACGGCCUCGACACAAACGGGAGCAGCCAUGUGUGAGGAGGACUUGGCCCGAUGAAGGAUAUUUCACUCUGGCAAGAAACUCUUCAUUUGAAGUUUCCCUGCAGCGAUAUGAGUAACUGAAGAGGUGGGACCAUUUUUGCAGAACAAAGUAGCAUUACAAAGGAGGUGACAGAAUCAAACGCACCUCACCUCAGAUACUUCAAUGCACUGACAGUUCUUCUGUGAGACAUCUAUGAGUAUUCACUAAAGCUAUUAUCAAGUAUUACUUUCACAGGAUGAUGAAGGGAAACAUGAGAAUGUGUGGUAGAGACUUUUACGAAGGAUUUACAGCACAGUGUUCCACAGUAUUUCAUAUAACACACCAUCCUCAGCACACUCAGCGUGACUUUAGUAUUACAUGAGAAAUAUCUCACCUGCUUCUGAUUACUGUAUCCACACAUUGCAGCAUUUACACAAACACCAAAAAGAAGUUUCUAUGACUGUUAAUUAUGCUGAUUAUUUGUUCUUUCAUCAUUUUAAUACGCAGUAGGUACAAGUGUGGCACAUUCUGUCAUAUUUACUCAUCCUCUGUACGUCAAUUAAGCUUCAGAUUAAAUAGCUUAUCAUCAUUUUAUGAUACAUAUUGUAACUUGAAACAAACUUCAAUUUGGAGUGCGACUAGUGUUCAUGGGAAACCCAUGCAUUUAUUA